AUGACAGAGAAAAGCCUGCUUCGCCUACCUUACCCAGUGCUUGCUCAGUGCCUGUUCAGUGCCUCCCAGUGCCUGCCACCCUUCGGUCUGUACUUUGACCGUGUACCGUUCCCAAUUACCGUACCGUCCCGUGUGUCGCCGUGGUGGUACCUUGCUCUUGCGGCAUUUGACAGCCAGCAACUCUGCCUCUCUGGAAUUCCACUCUUUUUUCUGAUUUCUUCCACUCUCAAACUUCUCCGAUCCCGAACAACAUCUAUUGCUCCGCGAAUACCCUCACGAGGCACCCCGACCGUCACGAUGCUUUCCCGAGGAUCCGCCCGCACUGCGCAGAUUCUGCGCACCGCGCAACCCGCGCGCGCCUACGCCACGGUCGGCUCUGACAUCUUCAAGCCCACCAAGUUUGGCGGCAAGUACACGGUCACGUUGAUCCCUGGUGACGGUAUCGGUGCCGAGGUCGCCGAGAGCGUCAAGACCAUCUUCAAGGCCGACAACGUCCCCAUUGAGUGGGAGCAGGUCGAGGUCUCCGGCCUCAACACCACCACCCCUGAGAAGACCGAGGACCUCUUCCGCGAGUCCGUCGCCUCCCUCCGCCGCAACAAGCUCGGCCUCAAGGGUAUCCUCCACACCCCCAUUGAGCGCUCCGGCCACCAGUCCUUCAACGUCGCCAUGCGCCAGGAGCUCGACAUCUACGCCUCCAUCUCCCUCAUCAAGAACAUCCCCGGCUACCAGACCCGCCACGAGGGUGUCGACCUCGCCAUCAUCCGUGAGAACACCGAGGGCGAGUACUCUGGCCUCGAGCACCAGUCCGUCCCGGGCGUUGUUGAAUCCCUCAAGAUCAUCACUCGCGCCAAGUCUGAGCGCAUCGCCAAGUUCGCCUUCAACUUCGCCCUGGCCAACAACCGCAAGAAGGUCACCUGCAUCCAUAAGGCCAACAUCAUGAAGUUGGCCGAUGGUCUCUUCCGCUCCACCUUCCACCGCGUCGCCAACGACUACCCCACCCUCGAGGUCAACGACAUGAUUGUCGACAACGCCUCCAUGCAGGCCGUCAGCAAGCCCCAGCAGUUCGACGUCAUGGUCAUGCCCAACCUGUACGGUGGCAUUCUGUCCAACAUUGGCGCUGCCCUCGUCGGUGGUGCUGGUAUCGUCCCCGGCUGCAACAUGGGCCGCGACGUUGCCGUCUUCGAGCCCGGUUGCCGUCACGUCGGUCUCGACAUCAAGGGCAAGGACCAGGCCAACCCCACUGCUCUGAUCCUGUCCGGUGCCAUGCUUCUCCGCCACCUUGGUCUUGAUGACCACGCCAACCGCAUCUCCCAGGCCAUUUACGGCGUCAUUGCCGAGGGCCAGGUCCGCACCCGUGACAUGGGCGGUGAGGCUACCACCCACCAGUUCACCAAGGCCAUCCUCGACAAGAUGGAUACCUUGUAA